GAUGUGUUUUGUUUUCCAGGGCAUACUUAGAAUCUGAAGUCGCUAUAUCUGAGGAGUUGGUUCAGAAAUACAGUAACUCUGCUCUUGGUCAUGUGAACUGCACGAUAAAAGAACUCAGACGCCUCUUUUUAGUUGAUGAUUUAGUUGAUUCUCUGAAGUUUGCAGUGUUGAUGUGGGUAUUUACCUAUGUUGGUGCCUUGUUCAAUGGUCUGACACUACUGAUUUUGGCUCUGAUUUCACUCUUCAGCGUUCCUGUUAUUUAUGAACGGCAUCAGGCGCAGAUAGAUCAUUAUCUAGGACUUGCAAAUAAGAAUGUUAAAGAUGCUAUGGCUAAAAUCCAAGCGAAAAUCCCUGGAUUGAAGCGCAAAGCUGAAUGAAAAAACCAGAAAUCAACAAAUAAAGGGGAUAUUCAUUUGAUUACAUGGGGGAGGGUCAGGGAAGGAGGAAACCUUGACAUUGCAGCUUCACAGACCUUUAUUUUUAGCAUUGCGGUGUCUGAGGAAAAAUUACCUGUCUUGACUGCCAUGUGUUCAUCAUCUUAAAAGUAUUGUAAGCUGCUAUGUAUGGAUUUAAACCGUAAUCAUAUUUGUUUUUCCUAUACGAGGCACUGGUGAAUUAAAAAAAGAUCUGAGAAAGCUGUAUAUUACACUUGUGGCAGGUAGUCUUGCUGUUUUUUUUUUGGGGGGGGGGAAAUCGCUGAGAAAGUGGAGCUGAACAAAAAAUCCUUUCCACAGUUUGUGCACUGUGUAUGGUCUGUGUGGAUUGAUGCAGAUUUUCUGAAAUGAAAUGUUUAGACGAGAUCAUACCACUAAAGCAAGAGUGAAAAAGCUUGCCAUUCUGGUAUGUUCUAGGUGUAUUGUGAAUUUUACUGUUAUAUUAAUUGCCAAUAUAAGUAAAUAUAGAUGAUAUAUCUAUAUAUAGUGUUUCACAAAGCUUAGACCUUUACCUUCCGGCUAUCCCACAGUGCUUGAUAUUUCAGAGUCAUUUGUUAUACGUGUAUAGUUCCAAAGCACAUAAGCUUAGAAAAAGAAAAUCCAUUUCCAGGAGCACUACCAUCUGUUUUCAAUGUGAAGCGAUGCCAUGCACAUAGUAAACUUCACUGCACAGACUUCCUGUAGUUCAUUUUGUUAUAAACUCGGAAUCUCUGGACUGAAUCUAAUGCUUCCAAAAAUGUUGUUUGCAAAUAUCAAACCUUGUGAUGCAAAAAAAUUAUUAUAAAAUGAAGAUUUAUACAUUUGUGGUUUAAGCUGUCCUGAAUCUGUGGAAUGCAUUGUGAACUGUAAAAGCAAAGUAUCAAUAAAGCUUCUAGACUUAAAGGA